UUCAAACGGACGCGGUCCAAUCAGUCAGGAUUGCCCGUGCACCGCGCACACGUUUACCACCUGACCGCAAUGACGCUGCGUUCGGGUAUAUUCACGGUCGACGAUUAAACGAGUUGUGUACCGAAAAAAAAAAAAAAUACAUUUUUAGAUACUUUAAGUUUACUUUUAACGCAAAAAAAAAAAUGUUAAAAUUUCUGAUCGCCUUUACGGUACUCUUGUUGGCGGCCAAUUCGGCGGCACCACCACCGGCACAAGCCGUCGACGACACCGACCAGACGUUCUCGUCAAAAGCAUUUCAGCUCAUCAACACCGUCGCCAACUAUUUGGAAUACAUCUACGACAUUAUCGUAGCGCCUUUCUCGGGAGGCAUGACGAACAGUAGGCAGUCCCGUCGGGUGUCUUAUAGAAAAUAUCAACUAGUCAGAGUGAGGCCUGCGGACGAAGACGCCGUCCUCGAAAUAGAAGCGGUCGCCGAAGAACCAGGCGUGCAAGUUUGGAUGCCUAUACGCAUGAAUAAGACGGCGGAUCUUGUCUUGCCGCCGAGCGUGGCGAGAGACGUGAAACGGUUUUUGACUCAGAGGGAAAUCGAUUUCGAAAUCGUCAGCAGUGAUCUUGAAAGGAGUAUUAACAAACAAAAUCCUAGAUCACCAUCGCCCAAUCAAAGAACCGAGUUGAAAGCGACCAAAGGACACACGUUGACCUGGAACAGAUACCAGCGUUAUCAAGAUAUUCUCGAUUACUUAAUGUACCUGUCAGAAAAUUAUCCUCACUUGGUCGAGUUAUUGCCAAUUGGAAAAACCGCAGAAGGACGUCCGCUCAAAGUAGUCAAAGUAUCGUCAGGCCAACCCAGAGAGAAUAUGAAAAAACCGGCCAUUUGGAUUGACGGAGGAAUGCACGCCAGAGAAUGGAUAUCGCCCGCGGUAACACUUUACAUUUUGAGACAGCUCGUGGAAAACAGUAAAGCCUAUAAAGCCAUGAUAACGGAUAUCGAUUGGUAUAUUCUUCCUGUGGUGAAUGCAGACGGUUACGAGUACACUCACACUACAGACCGCUUGUGGAGGAAAUCCAGAAGAAUACCUGUAGAACUAGGAAGGUGUGGUCAUGGAUUUUAUCAAUUGAAAAUAACAUAUUAUACACGUGUAUGUUUAUUUUCUAGGACUUUAUGGGGACUGUCCGAUGGAUGUGAAGGCGUCGACUUGAAUAGAAACUGGGAUUGGCAUUGGGCAGAAGUUGGCGCUAGUAACGAUCCUUGUCAAGACACUUUUGCUGGAUCACAUGCAUUUUCCGAACCCGAAACCAGAGCAGUGUCCGAUUUUAUUUUGGACCACAAAGAUAGGCUACAAGUUUAUAUAAGCUUACAUUCGUAUUCUCAAAUGUGGUUAAUACCGUGGAGUCACUCGAAAAGACGCCUAGAAGAUUAUGACGACUUAGUGUAUGUAGCACGACACGCAACCGAUGCGAUGCAGAAAGUACACGGAUCUCAUUAUCAACUUGGGACUUCGCCCACCCUUCUCUAUGCUACAUCUGGCAGUUCCGAUGAUUGGGCCAAAGGCAAAGCUGGAAUAAAAUACAGUUACACAAUAGAACUUCCAGACACAGGACUUUAUGGGUUUUUAUUACCGGCCGAAAAAAUAGUGCCGACAGGAAAAGAAAUAUUCACUGGAAUUAAGUCCAUCGCUAAAUCUAUCAUUAAGAUUAAUAACCUAAACGAGAACACUGCUGACACCUAACAUACUUUAAAUAAAUAUUUAGCAUGUAUAAUAACUGUAAAAAAACGCUGAGAAAAAAAAAAUACAACAAAGAAACUUAUUAUGGCGUCAGUUUGUAAAUACAUGUAAAAACAGAUGCGAAUAUGUUUAUUUUUGGUUGGUAAGCCUAAAUAAACAAUUGGUUUG